UUUGCAGGUUCAUCUGUUGGUUUUGGAAUUGUGUUGAGUCUUGGAUUUGUGGGUACAAUCAAGUUUCUACUCUGGGUUGUAUUUGUAGACUGUAUUGGUGUUGGAUUGUUGAUUGCCACUUUUUUCUGGUUUGUCACAAAUCAUUACUUGAAGAUGAGUAGCAAGCAGUUCCAGCAAGUUGAAUGGGGAUUUUGUUUUGAUGUUCACCUCAAUGCAUUCUUCCCCAUGCUCAUCAUUCUCCAUGUUAUACAGCCUUUAUUGUAUACACCAUUAAUAAGUUAUGAUUAUUUCUUAUCAACACUGUGUGGCAACUCACUCUGGCUUGUUGCUAUGGGAUACUAUGUAUAUAUUACAUUCCUUGGAUACACUGGUAAGUCUGUUUUUAGGGUUCCUAUAUGUAGGAAGCAUUGUAGUGAACUGUAACCAGUAAAAUUUGUG